AUGGCCAAGCCCAGACUCAUCAUCCUCGUUCGCCACGCCCAAUCCGAGGGCAAUAAAAACAGAGACAUUCACCAGUCCGUCCCCGACCACCGCGUCAAGCUGACCGCCGAUGGCUGGAACCAGGCCUACGACGCGGGCCGGCGGCUGCGCGCGCUGCUGCGCCCCGACGACAAGAUUCACUUCUUCACGUCGCCCUACCGGCGCACGCGCGACACCACCGAGGGCAUCCUCACCACGCUGACGUCGGACGCCGACGGGCCCUCGCCGUUCCGCCGCGCCAACAUCAAGGUCUACGAGGAGCCGCGGCUGCGCGAGCAGGACUUUGGCAACUUCCAGCCCUGCAGCGCCGAGAUGGAGCGCAUGUGGCAGGAGCGCGCCGACUACGGGCACUUCUUCUACCGCAUCCCCAACGGCGAGAGCGCGGCCGACGCCUACGACCGCGUGAGCGGCUUCAACGAGAGCCUGUGGCGCCAGUUUGGCGAGGACGACUUUGCCAGCGUGUGCGUGCUCGUCACGCACGGCCUCAUGUCGCGCGUCUUCCUGAUGAAGUGGUACCACUUUACGGUCGAGUACUUUGAGGACCUCCGCAACAUUGACCACUGCGAGUUUCUCGCCAUGCGCAGGCAGGACAAUGGCAAGUACCAUCUCGAGACCAAGCUGCGCACCUGGUCGGAGCUCAAGCGCGAGCGCGCCGCGCUCAAGGAAAAGGAGCGCGACAAGGCCGCCGGCGGCAAGACGAGCAACGGCACCGACAGCGGGAGCACGGGUCGCGACGACACCGGUAAGCUGCAGCGCAACAAGACGUUUGUCGUCACCCGCCGCUGGGGCGGCUGCCCGGACGGCUGUAACCACACCAGCAAGUACCUCAAGCGGCACGACCUCGAGUCGCUGCGCGAAAAGGAUAGCGAGCAGGCCGCCGUGUCGUCGACCAAGGCCGCCACCGCCCAGAGCCACCACCACCGCCACCGGCCGCGUCCCGCCAUCAGCUCCGACGACGAGGACAGCCACGACCACAACCACGGCGCCAGCACCCCGUCCUCGAGCACCGCCACCACCGCCAGCCCGGACAGGAAGAAGCAGCCCGUCGUCGUGCAGGUCACGCGCGCAGCCACCGCUGCUGCUGCUGCUGCCGCCGCAGCAGCCUCGACUCAGGCACACGACGACGACGUCCCGUCCCAACUUGCCCUCAAGUCACCGCAGUUUGUGCACCUCGGGCGCGACGGCGGCGGCAGCUACUCGGGGCACGCCUCGGUCGUCGACUCGGAUAGCGACAAGCACGACGCCGACGACGACAGUGAAGCCGCCGCCCCCCACGGCCGUGGCCGCGCUGCCUCGGGCGGCCCCCGCGUGCGUCACCGCCGCGGCAGCAUCCUCAACUCCAUCGAGGCGCGCCUGCUGCAGUCCACCAUCAACAUGCACCACGCCAGGCAGCUCUCCGCCAGCAGCGUCGGCAGCAGCGUCGCGAGUCCUGGCGUCGGCCCGUUUGCCAAUAGGCUCGGCGACGCGCCGCUGAGCGACUCCGAGGGCGACGCCGCCGCGCGCCGGAGGGAGGUCAAGACCCCGCCGGCGCCGGGGGCCGACGACGACGAGCACAAGAAGGACAUGACGGGCAGCAUGGAAGAUUUGGAGGCGGCAGAAAAAGCGGACCGGAGUAUUGAAGGGAGCGUGUAUUGA